AGGCACAUCCAGAUGUUAUAGGAAAUGAUGGAUUGGCUCCACUGGAAGGUUAUCAAAAUGAUCUUGCUUACUUGAAGAGCAAGGUUGAUGCUGGAGCCGAUUUGAUUGUCACCCAGUUAUUUUAUGACACUGAUAUAUUCCUCAAAUUUGUGAACGAUUGCCGCCAAAUUGGAAUAACUUGUCCUAUUGUGCCUGGAGUUAUGCCCAUUAACAAUUACAAGGGCUUUAUCCGCAUGACUGGUUUUUGUAAAACAAAGAUACCUGCUGAGAUAACGGCUGCUUUAGAGCCAAUCAAGGACAAUGAAGAAGCUGUCAAGGCUUAUGGAAUACACCUGGGAAUUGAAAUGUGCAAAAAAAUUAUGGCUCACGGAAUUAAGACAGUGCAUCUUUACACACUAAAUAUGGAGAAGUCGGCAUUGGCGAUACUAAUGGGCCUUGGCUUAAUUGAAGAAUCCAAAAUUUCUAGAUCCUUACCUUGGAGACGCCCUACGAAUGUUUUCCGUAUUAAAGAAGAUGUUCGCCCAAUCUUUUGGGCAAAUCGUCCAAAAAGCUACAUAUCCAGGACUAUAGGAUGGGAUCAGUACCCACAUGGGCGUUGGGGUGAUUCCGGUAACCCAUCAUAUGGCGCAUUAACUGACUAUCAGUUCUUGCGGCCACGUGCAAAAGACAAGAAGCUUAUUGAAGAAUGGGCAGUUCCCUUGAAAAGCAUUGAAGAUAUUUAUGAGAGAUUCAGACUGUUUUGCCUGGGAAAGUUGAGAACCAAUCCUUGCCAGCAGUCAAUGGGGGAAAAGUCAGAUUCUCCUACUGUAGGCUGGGGUGGACCUGGUGGGUAUGUUUACCAGAAGGCAUACUUAGAGUUCUUCUGCUCUAAGGAAAAGCUGGAUGCACUUAUUGAGAAAUGCAAGGAUCGCCCAUUCCUAACUUAUAUGGCUGUGAACAAAGAAGGGGUUUGGAAAUCUAAUGUGGCCCAAACCGAUGUUAAUGCUGUGACAUGGGGGGUCUUCUCAGCUAAGGAGAUAUCCCAACCAACCGUUGUAGAUCCUGUAAGCUUCACCGCAUGGAAGGAUGAGGCAUUUGAAAGUUGGUAUAGAGGAUGGGCAAGCUUGUACCCUGAGGCCGAUGCAUCCAGGAAAUUAGUUGAAGAGGUGGGAAGCAGCUACUUCUUGGUCAGUUUGGUGGACAAUGAUUACGUCAAUGGUGAUAUUUUUGGUGUGUUUGCUGAUUUCUGA